CAACUCUUGAGGCCAGUGUGUCAUUCAAUUUUUGAUUUGGGCGUGGAAAAGGAACAAAAACAAUUUUGUUUUCUAUUUGUUAUAUAUCACCACCAUGGGCGCCAGUAAUCGCACAACACGCAUAGCAGUUGGAAUUUCGGCUAUAUCAUUCAUAUUGUUUGUAAUUGCAUUCGUCACACCCUACUGGCUAAUUACAGAUGGUCGUAUUGACAAUCCUCGUUUUACAAAUCUUGGACUAUGGGAAGUGUGUUUCCGAAAUUUCCAGGAUAUACAUCGGUUCUACGAUACCGUCUUUAAUGGAUGCAUGUGGGUAUUCGAGGAAGAAUAUUACAUUAUACACGAUUUUCUUCUACCAAGUUUCUAUGUUGCUGUGCAAGUUUUUGCAACACUCUGCUUUGUGUUGUGUCUCAUCGCUUUGCCGCUGACAUUAUCAUUUUUGCGUACCUCUCGCGAUGACGACCGUUAUGUGUUCUUAUUAUUAACUAUUGGAUCCUUCGAAGUACUAGCUUCAAUAUUCGGCUUUAUUGCUGUUGUAAUAUUCGGUGCGAAAGGAGAUUCCCGUGAUUGGAUGCCAGGAUGGCAAAACAAUGAUAUGGGUUGGUCAUUUGCUUUAGCUGUGGUUGGUGGCAUCAUGUUAUUACCAGCCGGUGUGUUAUAUAUAGUAGAAGCACGUAGGGAACGUUAUCGUCAUUUAAAUGAAAUUAGUAAUCGUGAUAUAAGUGAAUAUGGCGGUCCCACAGAUGAGUUUUAUCAACAACAAGCGCAACAAUAUUUUGCACCGGAACCAACUAGACCAAGGCGUCCACCACCCGGUCAGAGUACAUCUGCCGCUGCUGCUGCAGCAGCCGCUGCACUACCCAAAGCAGGCGGAAUACAAACCGAUAUAUGAGAAAUGUUUCAGUAAACUAUAAAAACAGAAAAUUUGAAUUGCGAACAUGAAUCUCGAAAAUCCGUCCUUUUUUUUAGUGAGUUCGGCAAAAUGGUCAAUAAUCAUUCCAUAUUACGUCUAGUUUUUAGUCAAUUAGUAUUUUUACUCCAGUAAAAGUAUCUACAAAGUUUAUGUAAUGUCUAAAAAAUGUUUUAUAAACAUCUUACGUCCGUUUCGAUAUAUUAUGAUUACACGAUAAACUUUUGUCUUUUAUACAUUGUUAUAUUCGUAAAUUAUGUCUUUUAUACAUAUAUAAUUUUUACAGAACUCUAAUAAAGAUUUUUACAUACAAAUUUA